CGCCUCCGCCCUUCCCUCACACAAGUAUAUCUGGCCGCCGCAACCCUGUCAGCCGCUGCCCGGCCCGCGCCAGUUUUGGAUAUCCCAAAGAAGCUGCGCUAGGGCAGGCGAGAGGGGCGGCGACAGCGACUCUCUCACCUUCGUGCUGCCUGCCUGGUUCCCUUAGUUGUUGAGUUAAAAGACAAGAAUGGUUUUGAAGAUUGCUGCACUGCUGAGCUGUAUCUUGGGGAUCAGCACCAUUCCUCUAGAGGACCCAGAGGAUGGAGGCAAGCACUGGGUCGUCAUUGUAGCAGGUUCAAAUACCUGGUUUAACUACAGACAUCAGGCUAAUGCAUGCCAUGCUUACCACAUUGUGCACCGGAAUGGCAUCCCAGAUGAACAAAUCAUCGUUAUGAUGUAUGACGACAUUGCCUAUAAUGAGGAGAAUCCAACCAAAGGCAUCCUUAUCAAUAGGCCGAAUGGCACAGAUGUGUACAAAGGAACUCCCAAGGACUAUACAGGCGAGGAUGUCACACCACAGAAUUUCCUUGCUGUUCUCAGAGGUGAUGCAGAAGCAGUGAAGCACAUCGGAUCAGGAAAAGUAGUACAAAGUGGCCCCAAGGAUCACAUAUUUGUCUAUUUUACUGAUCAUGGAGCCCCUGGACUCUUGGCUUUCCCUUCUGAUGAACUCCAUGUGAAAGACUUGAAUAAAACCAUCCAUUACCUGUACCAUCACAAAAAAUACCAGAAGAUGGUGUUUUAUAUUGAAGCAUGUGAAUCUGGAUCAAUGAUAAAUCAUCUACCUGAUGAUAUCAAUGUUUAUGCCAUCACUUCUGCCAAUCCUAAGGAACCUUCUUAUGUAUGUUACUAUGAUAAGAAAAGGAAAACCUACCUCAGCGAUCUAUUCAGUGCCAGUUGGCUGGAAGAUUCUGACGUGGAGGAUCUGAAGAAAGAAACUCUCCACAAGCAGUUUGUGUUGGUAAAGGAACGCACAAACUCCAGCCAUGUCAUGCAGUAUGGAAACAAAACCAUUUCUCAUAUGAAAAUGGUGCAGUUCCAGGGCACAGCCAAAGCUGACAGCACCCCCAUUUCCUUGCCACCAGUCAGUGAGUUGGACCUCACACCCAGUCCCGAUGUGACCCUGGCCAUCCUGAAGCGCAAACUGUUGGCCACUAACGAUAUCUUUGAGGCCAAGGAAAUUGUAGAAAAGAUGAAGAGUCUUCUAGAGGCCAAAGAGCUAAUCGAGGCAUCUAUGCGCAAGAUCAUAUUCACUAUAACUGCCUCUGAAGAGCUCACCAAGCAAAUCUUGUCAGACAAGAUGGACCUCGGGAGUUAUGACUGCUAUGAGUCGGCAGUGAAUCACUUCAAAAGCCAUUGCUUCAAUUGGCACACUCCUCUGUAUGAAUAUGCCCUGAGGCAGCUGUAUGCUUUAGUUAAUGUCUGUGAAAUGGGAUACCCUAUUGACAGAGUACAACUAGCUAUGGAUCAAGUGUGCCUUGGAUAUUAACAAAAACAUUGCCAAGUAAUCCUGUAAAAAGUUAUUAAUAAUGAUAACAAUCAUACCAGAAAUGCAUACAAAGCUCAGUUAAAAGCAUAUCAACAUCCUGAUGGAAGGUCUCCCGGACAGCUCGGACCAAAAGCUGCUUCUGAAAUCUCCUGAAUUUAACCAUUGUUCCAUCUGCAAUAUUUUUUUCUCUCCUGAUGGUAAUGAGUAAUUUGCAAUAUUCAGGUUGGCUUAAGGUGGGAAGAAAACAUCUGUUUUAAAUUAAAAUUUAGAAAUGUGUAUGUACUUUCCAGACUGCAACAGAAUUUCAGCUUUGAGCCAGCAGAGGACACUGUUGCAGCGAAAACAACAAAGUUGUGUGGCACCUUAAAGCAGGGGCAGACUCUGGUAACCUGGGAGCUAUUUGGGCUUAUAGGAAGUAGUUCCCUAGGUGCCUGGGCUUGCUUCUCCCUCCUCAUUCCUUUCUGCCAAUACAGCACAUCUGAUUCGCUGACCGAGGGGCAGAAAUGCCCACACCAUUUGAAACCACUCUUUUAAAAUGAUGAGGGUUGUUUUUAAUUUAUCUUCCAUGGUCAUUGGUUCCUUUUCCAACAACAAAGCAGCUUCUCUUACUUCCCUCUUGUACUGCUGCAAGAUUCCCCAGAAAUUCAGGGGUCUGGAUAUUUAAAAAUCCCUUAUUUUGUCUGUGUAAAUUUUUAUACAAGCUGUCUUUCUAUGACUGGUACCACCUCCCCAAUCUGCAAUUCCAUGCUACUAGCUCCCAAGGCUCUGCCAAAAUUAAGUAGCUCCCAGAAUCCUUAAGUUUGUUCAACCCUGCCUUAAAGACUAACAAACCUAGUAUUAGCUUUUGCGAAUUACUGCACUCUUCAUCACAUGUGUAAUAAUACAUGGGUGUAAAGCACAUAACAUAUGUGGGGCUGCCUUUGUACGUAGUUCGGAAACUUCAGUUAGUUCAGAAUGCGGCAGCCAGAUUGGUCUCUGGAGCAACCCAAAGAGACCAUAUUAGAGACCAUAAAGAGCCCCUGGUGGUGCAGUGGUAAAACUGCCGCCCUGUAACCAGAAGGUUACAAGUUCGAUCCUGACCAGGGGCUCAAGGUUGACUCAGCCUUCCAUCCUUCCGAGGUCGGUAAAAUAAGUACCCAGAAUGUUGGGGGCAAUAUGCUAAAUCAUUGUAAACCGCUUAGAGAGCUCCAGCUAUAAAGCGGUAUAUAAAUGUAAGUGCUAUUGCUAUAUUAUGUCUGUUUUGAAACAGUUACACUGGCUGCUAAUAUGUUUCCGGGCAAAAUACAAAGUGCUGGUCAUUACCUUUAAAGCCCUGAAUGGCUUAAGUCUGAGUUAUCUUAGAGAGCGCCUUCUUCUGCAUGAUCCCCACCACACAUUAAGGUCAUCUGAGGAGGUCCAUCUUCAGUUACCACCGGUUCGUCUUGUGGCGACUCAGAGGUGAGCCUUCUCUGCAGCUGCUCCUGGGCUGUAGAAUGCACUCCCAGCAGAAAUCCGCAAUGUGAAUUCUUUACUGGCCUUCAGGAGAGCCCUUAAAACCUGUUUGGCCUGGCCUUCCAGGGUUUUUAAAAAGUUGUAACUGGUUUUAAUGUGAUAACCUGGUUUUCAGGGUUUUUUGAUUGUUAUGAUUGUUUAAUUGCUGUUUUAUGAUGUUUUAAUUAAUUGUGUUAUACUGUGUUAUAAUUUUUGUUUUAAUUGUUAACUGAUUUUAAUGGUUUUGUUUUAAUCGUAAACCGCCCUGAGCCAUUUUGGAAGGGCAGUAUAAAAAUCAAAUCAAUCAAUCAAUAAACAUUAUAACAAGU